UCAUUUCCCCUGUCAGGUUGCAAAGCCGCCCCUAGUCCAUUUAGCCCACUUAGGCGUAGGUUUCCUUCCGAGCUCCAUAGCAAGCCACCUAAUUGGGGCCGACCCUGAAGGCAUCGUGGGCCCACGCCAGCCUGUAGACCCUCAUUGUAACCUCUGACCCCUGGUGUUCAUCUUGGGGCCAGUCCCCUGGUGUGGGCUGAGGGGGCAGCCAUGGAGCUGGGCAGCUGUUUCAAGACCUACGAGGACUUCAAGAAGUGUUUCAGCGCCUACAAAAAGGAGAACAGGUGCUCCUUCAUUCUCAGGGACCGCGUCUCCGUCCGCUUCCACAACCUCAACCAUGGCACCUCCAUCCGCGAGGACAUCCUAUAUGUGCAGGUGAAAUUUGUCUGUGUUCGGACCCAGUCAAACAGAAAGAGAACACCAGAGGCAGACCUGUGCCCAGCAUACCUGCUCCUGCGGUACAAUGAGAAACUGGAUAGACUAUUUAUCAGUGAACUCAACACCCAGCAUAUACACGUGGACGCCAAAACCGCAGGUCCUGGGGGAGACACCGAUGACAAACCUCAAAAGACAGUUUGCCUGCAGAAACCCCAGCCUGUGCAGCCCACAUUCAAGAAAGAGCCCAACGGGGUUGACAAGUCCCCAGUUGAACCAUCAUUUUGCUUAGAUCAGGUCCAAGCAGCCUCAAAGGCAGAGCAAGAAGGUAUCACUGCUUCGGACCUGCCUAAGAUCGCAAAAGUGAUGAAGAACUUUCUUAAGGUGGACGAGGGUUCCAUGGCCUCACUCAGUGUAGGCAACAGCCAAGACCUGGACCGGCUCAGCUUCCAGAGCAGCAAGAUGAACAACCUGUUCAUCCGCUUCCCAGAAAACCUCUUGCUGCACCGCGUGGAGAACGCCCAGGGCCACAUCCUCUAUGCUUUCCUGGUGGAGAACAAGGAACGAGAGGGUCGAGUGGUACACUUUGCUCUGCUCAAGGCCGAGACAGCCAUGUCUGUGGCCAAGAUGCUGAGUAUCUUUACAGAGUUCAACUCAGACUGGCCCAAGAUCAAGGUGGUCUUUGUGGACCCAUCCUUCCCUCAUCGAGCCGUCCUGCAGGAGAUCUUUCCUGCUGCCCGCAUUCUCCUUUCCAUCUACCAUACGACCCGGCUCUUGGAGAAGAAGUUGCAGCGUAGUACAGCAACUCUAUCCUUUAAAAAUCUCAUGAAGGAAGCCCUGCGGGAGGCUGUGUUUGUCACCUCUGAGGCCAGCCUGCAAAAUCUCUGUCAGAUGUCCCAAGUCCUACUAGACGAGGAACUCUUCAGCUUCCUGCAGGCCCACUGGUUCUCCUGUGAACUGCUGUGGUACAUGCAUGUCAGGAAGGGCCUGCACGCGUGUAACACCUACAUGGACAGCCUAGACAUCGUCACCAGCAAGGUGUCAAGCCUCUUUCGGGAACAGCAGUCCCUGCUGGACUGCAUCCUCCGCUUUGUGGAUUACAUCGACUUCUUUAAUACCAAAGGUGUGAAAAACUUGCCCACAGCUCCUCCCAAGUUAAAGCGAGCCCGGCCAGCAAGCACGCCGCCAAAGUCCAAGAAGGCUUUUGGAAUCUGUGGAGGGAGCUUCCUCAGGCUCCCUGUGAAAGACACAGAGCCAUACGCACAGCAGAUGGAGCUGCAGCAGCAGCCACAGGUGCAGCCCUCCCAGGGUGGCAUGCUAGACACUUUGCACCAGAGUGGCUCCGAACUGGCCUAUAAGCUGUGCUACAAUGAGUGGGAGGUGGUGCAGAACUCUACCCACCUGGUGGACAUGGCUGGCUCCUCAGUGGACGUUCAGCUGCUAGAGGACUCUCACCAGGUUAGCAAAGAUGGCUGUAGCUGCAGCUGUUCCUUUCAACAGUGGUACCACCUGCCGUGCCGACACAUUUUGGCCCUGCUGCACACCAGCCAGAAGCCUGUGGGUGAAACCAUGGUGUGCCGCCGGUGGCAAAAGAGGUACCAGCACCUCCUGGGGCCCACUGGGGAGCUCCGAGACCCUGUUGUGGUCCCAAACCCAGGCCAGCCUGGGAAGCAGGGACAGAACGACAUGAUUCAGGACCUAAGCAGGGAGCUAGCAAACCUGCUAAUGCAAAGUGAGGGUGCAGAGCUGGAGGAGCGCUUUUCCACCCUGCGCAAGAUUGUGGACAUCUGGGCAGACCCGCACCAGCCACCUGAGCCCACUCAGCAGCCAGGGGACUUCAGGGAUGUGGGCCGCCUCCCUUUUCUCUGGGGAAAACAGGAGGAAAGGGAGGGACUCCCUCUUGCUGGAGCCACGAUUCAUGAUUGAAGCACAUGCACUGGCGCAUUGGACCACAAACCCCUCUACCUGGAAGUCUGAGCACUCACCGUAGGCAGGACAUGCUAGGGGUCAGCAUUUUAAUCAGUGUCUUCCUAGGUAGGGCUAGGAAGAUUGUUGCAAUAGGGGGAAGGGGAGCCCCACUGUGUGACAGCCCUUUGAACCCGCCCUUUUCUGCCCUACCUUAGGUAUUCCUAGGGAGCCUCAUUCAUUGUUCAAGGCCAAAGUUGUCUCCAUGUUGAAAGGUCAUUCCUUUUUCUUCCCCAACCCCUGAAAUCAGAUCUUAUUCAUUUUACAGAGAUGAACCCCUGCCCCGGGAUAGGGUGAGACACAGUGGACCUGGUAAAAGGGCCUGUUUUCAGGGACAAAGGGAAGGAGGGUGAUCCUUGGCUGUUUACAAAGAAUCUGUUAUUUGUAUCUAUUUUUAUUCAUAUUAAAUAAAGAUUUUUUUAAAUAAAAUUAAAAAUAAAGGGAAA